CCCCACCGCACCCGCCUGACUUCCUCAAACUGGAGCGCUCCUGAUCCAGUUCUUCGAUUCGGGGGUCGGACCGUCUUUACUCGUGGUCGACCACCUUGGUACACGUGUGAUGGCCAGCAGCAGCAGUGUUUUGUGAUUGGAAUUUGUGGGGGCAGCGGUAGCGGGAAGACGACCGUUGCACAGAAGAUUAUCGAACGUCUGAAUGUCUCUUGGGUCAGCCUUCUGAGCAUGGACUGCUAUUACAAGCCCACCGGCCUACGCGGCAGCCAGCAUGCUUCCGAAACUGGCGGUGGAUCCUCGGUGAAGAAUUUGGAACUAGAUCAUACCUUGGCGUAUCAGUUGCGUCGCCUCUUCUUUCAGCGCACUGACAUCUUCGCGCCUGUGGAGGCCACUCGCGAGUCCAUCCUCUUUGGAGUUAUCAAAAUUGGGCUCAAGGCAUUCGUCGAGUGUGCGCGAACCCGAGUGUUCAGCAAAUUUGGUUUGCAUCAAAUACAAGUGGACUGUCAUUUCCUACAUAUUCACCUCUGGAAAUUCGUGAGCGAUGAAAAGCAAUUGCAGGCCGUACUCGAGGAUGUCCUGAGCAGCGUCGUCCAAAGGUGUAUUGAACCCGAACUGAUGGACGACAGUGUACGUUGCUGUCCAUUUCGAGUGUUUUUGACGUCCUUUUCGUCUGGUAAAUUGGUAAUCUCGAUGCCUUCUCUUUUAGGUCGUUGA